UGCGGUCUAACGGUUGCUCGCUUGACGCUCGAGCUCUUUGUAUGACUUGGUCCGCGAGGCGCCUCAGCACCGAGCACACGCGCAGCAGCAGCAGCAGCAGCAUCGGGCGGUUGAGGAACAUUCAAACACAGAGUCUGGGACUCUCUGACAGACAGGGUCCAAACCACGUCCUCCUCCUGUCCGAACCGAAUCAGAACCAAACCAAACCGAGCCGAAACCACCGCCACUGGAUACACAGACGCUUAAAAGAGGGAAAACGACGCUUUUUUUCAAAGUAACGGCAGGUUAUUGGUAAAGAAGUGGCUGCUUUCACCGGGAAGUUUGCUAUCAGUUAUAACCGUUGAGCCGGUGUAGGAGAGAGAGGAGAGCAUCCAUCUCAACUUCACUGACUACAUUAAGCUCCAUUUAGUCGACUUUUUUGCGUUUAUUUCCCAAAAAAACUAGUUUUAUUGGACUGUGGUUGUUCCUCUGUUUGGUUUCGACAAAAAAACAUCAAACUUUGUUAAAAAAAACCAUAGAAAUAAGAGAAGAAAGAGAGUCGAAGAAGUGGAUGUAACCGUUUACAGCCAUGGAUGUAACCGUUUACCCGCAGCCUCCUCCUCAGUCUCUGGCCGCCUCAGAGCACACCAGGCUGGGGCAGCUCUCCUACCAGGACCCGGCCUUUGGGACCAACAAGCUGGACGGGGACACCAUGUUCCUGGGUAUGCCAGAAGCAGGCCUUGACUUUGCCUCAACCAAUCAGUUUCGUGUGCCACAGCCCCCUCACCCUCUCAGCAAGGUGACGCCAUCCAACCCGCCCUCGCAGCACUGGAGGAGGGACACACACAUGGCCGACACACACCGUCUGCCUUGGUCGUACUCGGUGGGCGGUUUGAGCGACGAGGACUUCAACAUCCCGCCCAUCACUCCCCCCAACCUGCCGGACCACAUGCUGUCCCCUCACCUCCCCCACGAUUCCCGCUCUGGACCGUACCACCCUCUGGACCCCCCCUCCAACUCAGCUCCCCACCACCCCUACCAGCUGCAGGGCAUGGAUCUGCCUAGCAUGUCCGGUAGCCAAGAUGGAAGUGCUAUGUUGAACCAAGAUGGCGGCACGUUCAGUCCGGACGGCGGCCCGAUGACCAGCACGCUGUCUGUGAUGCAGCAGAUGGUGAACUCUGACUCUCGGUUCACCAGCAGCCAACAGCCAAUCGAAGCUGCGCUCGGACCCAGGAGCCAAUCGGGCAUGAGCCAAUCGGGCAUGAGCCAGCAAAGUCAGUUGUCCACCAUCAACCAAUCCCAGCUGGGGCUGAGCGGAAACUCCGUUACCCACAGUUCCCCAUCACCUCCUGGAAGUAAAUCCGCCACACCGUCUCCGUCCAGUUCAGCCCACGAGGACGAGAAUGAUGACGGACUCAGGCUGGGCGGUGGAGCAGAGAAGAGGCCAGCAACAGUGGACAUCUCCAAGAAGCCCAAAACACCAAAGAAGAAGAAGCGAAAGGACCCCAAUGAGCCGGUGAAGCCAGUGUCUGCCUACGCCUUGUUCUUCAGGGACACCCAAGCCAACAUCAAGGCCCAGAACCCCAACGCCACCUUCGGGGAGGUGUCCAAGAUCGUGGCCUCCAUGUGGGACGGCCUGGGAGAGGAGCAGAAACAGCUGUACAAGAAGAGGACAGAGACGGCUAAGAAGGAGUAUCUGAAACAACUGGCUGCCUACAGAGCUAGUCUGGUCUCACAGAGUUACAAUGAUCCAUCUGAUAUGAAGCCGCCCCACUCUUCCUCCGCACCUUCCUCUUCCUCUACCUCAAUGUUCAACUCCAAACCUUCGGUCUACCCCGGUCACCCAGGCCAGCACCACUCCUCCAGCUCACUGGCCCACCCUCACCCUCUCUCUCCCCAUCCCCAUCAACACCCAAGCAUGUACAUGCCCUACCCUCACCCGUCGCACCCUUCCCACGCCUCAAGCCCCGGCCUCAGCCCGCACCUGCCCCCUCCUCACACCCAGAUCCACCCCCAGCUGCAGGCUCUGUCCUCCAGAGGGACCGUGCCGCGGUCCAGCGUCCCCCACCAGGGAGCUCUGUCCCUCGGCAGCAUGGCGGCUGCGUCCACCCCUCCUCUCCAGGUCAGCCCUCCCCUCCACAGCCAGGCACACCUGGGAGGGCUCCACAGUCCACACCAUCAGCACCAUCAGCAGCACCAUCAGCACCAGCAGCUCAGUGGACACUCACUGGGAAUGACGCACUCGCCUGGCAUCCCACAGGGCUACCACCCUUCCCUCCAGUCUGACUACCAGUCAUUAGGAGGAGGCAUGCUUAAUGGUGGAGCAGUGAUGUCAUCAGCAGUGGACUACCAUCAGCUGGGUCGACACACGCCCAACCACCACCCCUCUCUGGACUGGAGCACCGAUUACCAUGGCAACGGCGGUCUGCAGAGAGACAAACCUCUCUAUCUGAGCUAAUCUCAGGACAAAGUGACACCAAACACCUUCAACUCAAGCCCUUCGACUGCCUCUAGCCUCAUCUCUACGUGAACCCAGGAGGUACCCCCGAGGACUCCACCAACACACCACCUACCUACACCUGGACUAAACUAGAGUUCGGCACUUCAAACUGAAGCCCAAGCAGUAGAAUAAUGCGACAUGUGUCUGUGUGUGUUACUACCAUGUCUCCUCUAAGGGACAACAGGCCAGUGUUUAAGAACAGGAAGUUUGUGCAUGUCCCUCAGCUGCUCUGACAUCUGUUAUUGGCUGUAUUUUGUUCUACUGACCAUUUACAGCAGAAGUUAUGCUUUGAAUAGAAAUGAUGUAUUCCAGCGAGGUACAGGUCCUGUGCUGUAAACCAAGGCCCUGUUCAGACCUGGUAUUAACAUGCGUCCUCAGUGAUCCGAUCACAAAUGGACAGCUCUAAGUAGUACAGGUGUGAAUGUGCUCAAGACGCAUUGAGAUCGGAUCUUUCAGACCACAUUCAGAGGUGGUCUGGGCUGCAUAUGGCCACAGUCUUUUAGCAGUGAAUGUGUACGGGAAUCUGUCCUGGGCCACAUUAAGGACCGCCUACUCCACUGACGUCCUGCUGGGAUCCGCGCGUCUCUCUGCGUCAGACAGAUGCGAGUGCUUGUCUGCCUUGCAGCAUGGAAACGUCCUCUGUGCUCUACUGUAUCCUGUCGGUACAACUGUAUUUUAUUAAAAUAUAUCUCAUCUAUAGGCUACAUAUCUACAGACUAUCGGACUAGGCACAGGAAGUGCAUUAUUAUUAUUAUCAUACUGUCGGAGA